AUGAUGGAAAAUAUAACCUCGUCGAACGCUUUUCAACAUAUUAAACACAAAACAAAACCUGUUCGUCGUUUUAUUAAAAAAUUUCUUAAUGAUUGGUCUUUGGAUUUUGCUUCUAUGCUUGCCUAUAGUUUCUUAGUGGCAAUUUUACCAAUUGCUGUAGCACUUUUUGGAAUAUUGGGUUUAGCUUUGAAAAAUAAUCCUCAAUCUCAACAAGAUCUGAAAGAUAAAAUUAUUCAAUCAUUUCCAGCAGAUAAUACAACACAAUCCGGUAUUAAACAGGUAGUCGAUCUUGCUUUUAAUCAAUUAUCAGAAGAUGCUGGAUUAAUUCUUGUUAUUGGAAUUCUUUUUGCAAUGUUUGGUUCUUCUCGUCUAUUUAUUGCCAUUGAUAAGUGUAUGACAAUUAUCUAUCGUUUACCUGAACGUCCAUUUCUUCGUCAAAAUUUAAUGGCUUUGGGUACAUUAUUUCUGUUAAUUAUUGUUAUUAUAUUGAUGCUUAUUGCUAGUUCUGUUCCAUCUGCUGUAAUCAAUAGUGUUUCAGGAGGUGGUGCACAAUUUGGAGUAUUUCUUGCUGGAAUAAUUAUUUCCUUGGCUAUUGCAUUUAUACUCUUUGAAUUAAUAUAUUGGUUAAUUCCAAAUAAAAAAAUGACUUGGAAAACCACUUGGUGUGGAGCUUUGGUUGCUUCUAUAACAUUAGAAAUAUUUAUUAUUUUAUUUCCAUUGUAUGUACGUCAAUUUAUGGGUAAUUAUGCAGGACAAAUUGGUUUUGCCGUCAUUUUGAUUCUUUUCUUCUACUAUUUUGCAAUAAUUCUAAUUAUUGGUGCUCAAAUAAAUGCUUACUAUUUUGAACAAUAUCCACCAUAUCCUGAUGUACUUGGAACAUAUUUAAGUAAAAUAAAUGAUGAACAGAAUCAGGAGAAUAACAAUGAUUCAUUACAUAACGAUAAUAAAGAACAAAAUGUCUCAAUAACGAAUGAUGAUGAGCAAUCGAAUAGAACUGGAUGGAUAAGAAAAUUAUGUUGCUGUACAAGACAACAUACUAUUGCACCAGAAUCUGUACAAGACAAUAUUGUUUAG